AUGGCAAACCAAAUCAUCGUCGUCGGAGGCGGUCUCUCCGGUCUCAGCGCUGCCCACACCAUCCUCGAACACGGCCUCAACGUCCUCGUCAUCGACAAGAACGCCUUCUUUGGCGGAAACUCAACCAAGGCCACCUCCGGCAUCAACGGUGCCCUCACCAAGACCCAGAUCCAGCUUGGCAUCAAGGACUCAGUCGAGGCAUUCUACGAUGACACCGCCAAAUCCGCCCGUGAAAUGCUCCGCCCCGACCUCGUCAAGGUCCUCACCGGUCGCUCUGCCUCUGCCGUCGAGUGGCUCCAGGAUAAGUUCAAGCUCGAUCUCUCGCUCGUCUCCCGUCUCGGAGGACACUCCUUCCCCAGAACCCACCGUGGCAAGGAAAAGAUGCCUGGUAUGACCAUCACCUACGCCCUCAUGGAGACCAUCGAGGACCUCUCCGUCUCCCAGCCCGACCGCGUCAAGCUCAUCAAGAAGGCCCGCGUCACCAGCCUCAUCAAGGAGAACGGCGCUGUCGUCGGUGUCGAGUACGAGCACCUCAACCAACCCGGCAGCAUGAUCAAGGCCUGGGGUCCCGUCGUCUUGGCCACCGGUGGAUACGCUGCCGAUUUCUCCAGCGAUUCCCUCCUCAAGAAGUACCGCCCUGAUCUCUUGGAUUUGCCUACCACCAACGGCGACCACACUACUGGAGACGGUAUCAAGAUGUCCCUCGCCAUCGGAGGCAAGACCAUCAACAUGGAAAAGGUCCAGGUUCACCCUACCGGUUUGGUCGAUCCCCGCGAACCUGAUGCCAAGGUCAAGUUCCUGGCCGCCGAGGCCCUCCGCGGUGUCGGUGGUCUGUUGUUGCAGGCCGACGGCAAGCGCUUCUGCGAUGAGCUCGGUCACCGUGACUACGUCACUGGUAAGAUGUGGGAGAACAAGUUCCCCAUCCGCCUGGUCCUCAACACUGCUGCCUCCAAGGAAAUCGAGUGGCACUGCAAGCACUAUGUCGGCCGUGGCUUGAUGAGGUACUUCAAGAACGGAGAGGAGUUGGCCAAGGAGAUUGGCAUCCCUCCCUCGGAGCUCAAGAAGACCUUUGACGAGUACAACCAGAUCGCUGCCGGUAACGCCAAGGAUCCUUGGGGCAAGAAGUACUUCCAUAACUGCCCCAUCAAGAUGGAGCAGGACUUCCACGUCGCCCAAAUGGCCCCCGUCCUCCAUUACACUAUGGGAGGAGUUGAUAUUACUGAUGAUGCCAACAUCAAAGAUACCACCGACCAGAAGAUCCCCGGUCUGUUCGCUGCUGGAGAAAUGUGCGGAGGUGUUCACGGUGCUAACCGUCUCGGUGGUUCGUCAUUGCUCGGAUGUGUUGUCUUCGGUCGUACUGCUGGUGACACUGUCUCGAACUAUGCCAAGGGCAACCCCGUCAUUGGAUCCGGUGCCAAAGCUGCUCAGGCUCAGUCGAUUGCCCUCCCCGGUGGAUUCACUACCUCUAUCACUGUCGACCCAAGCAACCAGAAGAUCAACUUGGAGAUUAGCUGGGGUGCUGCUGCCGGUACUGCCCCCGUUGUGACCGCCCCCUCUGCACCCGCUCCUGCUGCUGCCGAGCCAACAAAGUUGCCCUCAAUUUCCGCUGCCGAGGUCGCCAAGCACAACACUGAGAAGGACUGCUGGGUCAUUGUCAACGGCCAGGUUCUGGAUGUGACCAAGUUCUUGCCUGACCAUCCUGGUGGAAAGAAGGCCAUCUUGCUCUUUGCUGGUCGCGAUGCUACCGAGGAGUUCAACAUGCUGCACAAGCCUGAUGUUGUUGAUAAGUAUGCACCCGAGUCCAUCAUCGGUGUUCUCGAUAACAACAGCUUGCCUGCUCGUCCUUCCAAGAUCUAA